UAAAAGGCCUCCUGAGCUCGUGAGCGAUUGGUAGGAUUUUGUAGACGCUCGCUGAUUUGAGUUGUUUUUUCGGUUGCGUUGUGAACUCCCGGGGUUAGUGCUUGGAGUCAGAGGACAGCCUUGUGUGGGUCCCGGGGAUUGCACUCGUGUUGCCAAGCUUGCUAAGCUGUCUCUGCAGCCCUGGUUUGCUGAUUAGAGUCUGGCUGGACACAGUGGUGUAAGUCUGUAGUCCUGGUGCAGGCCGGCUGAGUGAGACUGGCCAGUCCCAGGUGUGAAUAAGACAGAAUGAACUUUACUCCGACACAUACACCCAUCUGCAGAAAAAUAUCAUUUGCCUCCAAACGUGGUGCUGGCUCUGGCUUUGGUGAUACCAACAGGUGGAAGAAAAUGGCAGACUCAGUGGAGUCAACUCCCCUGCCGUCCGUUGAGGAUCGUCUGGCUGUCCUUUGCCCGUCUCAGGAGCUUCUGGAUUAUUAUCAGAAGAAGAUGGCUAACUGCGAGGCAGAGACUGAAGACCUGCUGAAGAAGCUGGAGCUCUACAGAGAAGCUUGUGAAGAACAGCAUAAACUUGAAUGGAACUUGCAGCAGAGGGAGGAAGAGAUCGCGGAAUUGCAGAAAGCCCUAAGUGAUAUGCAGGUCUGCCUCUUCCAGGAGAGGGAACAUGUUUUACGACUCUACUCAGAAAAUGACCGACUAAGAAUCAGAGAAUUGGAAGACAAGAAAAAGAUUCAGAAUCUGUUAGCUCUUGUAGGACCAGACACCGGUGAAGUGACCUAUUUUUAUAAGGAGCCUCUCCACAAAGUCAGCAUUCUCCAGAAGACUAUCCAGGCAGCAGAUGUGUGUGAGUCUUCAGCUUCCAGAGCAGAUCCUGGAGUAAGCAAAAGACGAGUAAGAAUAAAGGACAAGGAAGACAUUUCUGAGCGUUACCAGAGGGACAUAGAGACACUCCUCCUGCAGGUGGAAGCCCUCCAGGCACAGCUGGGAGAGCAGACGAAGCUUUCCAGAGAGCAGGUGGAAGGGCUCAUGGAGGACAGGCGGAUCCGAGUGGAGGAAAUCCAAGUUCAGCACCAGAGAAAUCAGGAGAAAAUCAAGGAGCUGACCAAGAGUCUCCAUCAUACCCAAGAACUGCUCUAUGAGAGCACCAAGGACUUUCUACAACUAAAAUUUGAAAACCAAAAUAAAGAGAAGGUAUGGAUGCUUGAGAAAGAUCACCUGCUGUCAAAGAUUACACAGUACAGAGCUCAGUGUAAGAAGAAAGAGGAUAAACUUGGAACCGUCGUUCCCAUUUUACAUGAGAGUCAUCACACUCAAAAUGAAUAUAUUAAGUCUCUUAAGGAUAAGCUAAUACAAGAAAAAAAGCUGUCCAACAUGUACCAAGAACAGUGCAUUUCCCUAGAAGAGGAACUUGCUCGAAUUCGGGAGGAAGAAGGAGUGAGGAGAGAGAUCUUCAAGGAUCGCUCCAGCAAGAUGGGCAAGCGCUUACAGAUAAUGACAAAACGCUAUCAGGCCUUGGAACAUCGACGAAUCCUGGAAGUAGAAGGCUUCAAGACAGACAUUAAGGCUCUCCGACAGAAGCUGAGAGACCUGGAGCAAAUGCUCUAUAAGGCAACCAUAAACACCCAUGGGAACCAGGACCUGGCCAUGCUGUGUGAAGUCCGUGACAGCAACAGAAGAGCUCAUAAGAUACAGGGAGAACUGAAAAACCUCAAGUCUAAAGUGUUUGGUCUGGAGAACGCGCUUAGGCUAUGCUGAUGGCUCCUUUCAGGGUUGGCUUCUGGAAACCUGAGACAAGGUCACCUGUUCCCAGAAAGUGGACAUGGACUUGUCCAGAGUAGUGACAUCAAUUUUACUAAAGAUGGUGUUAAGGGCAUGAUAGCUCACACCUAUAAUCCCAUCCCAGCACUUGAGGAUCUGAGGCAGGGGGAUUGCCACAAAUUCAUAAUACAGUCAGGUGGAUCUCUGUGAGACCUGGCCAGCCUGAUCUAUAAUAGUGACUUCUAGACCAUCCAAGGCUACUUAAUGAGACCCUGUCUCCAAAAAAAGAAAAAAAAAAAGACAAUAAUAAAA